ACAGAUCAGCAAUGCACACUAUACAACUGGCUGUGCUUGCUAAAGUAACGGACCUCAAGAAGUAUGGGUAUGCAGCUAUACUUGCUCCAUUUGUGCGAGAUGUUCACAUUCUUGAACAAGAUGGUGUGUUCAUUGAAUCGUUAGGUCAAAAUGUGAAAGGCACCAUCUUUUGUGUUUCUGCUGACAAUCUGGCUGCUCAUGGAUUAGGUGGCUUUAUAGAGUCAUUCAAAGCAGAGUAUGUUUGCAGAUUCUGUAUGGCCACAAGUGAACAGUUUCAAAAAACUGAAGUGAGAGUGGAAAAGUUUGUUCCAAGAUCCAAAGCCAGUCAUGACCUUCAUGUACAAAACGUCCUAGAAAGUGACAUUCUGAGCAGCCAAUUUGGUGUCAAAGGUGAUUGUGUCUUGCAUGAGAACCUGAACUACUUCCAUCAAAUCACGGGUCUUCCUCCAGAUAUCCUUCAUGAUCUUCUGGAAGGUAUUGUUCCCGUUGAGCUUUCUCUUUGUAUUAAAGAAAUGAUUCGGCUGAAGUACUUCACUUUAGAGUAUUUGAACCAAAAGAUAUCUUCCUUUCCAUAUCAGCACACUGAUAAAGUAAACAAACCUAAGCCUAUUCCUAAGACAUUCAUGACUCGGAGAACAAUCGGAGGUAAUGCGCAUGAAAAUGCCACUCUGCUCAGACUACUGCCAUUACUUGUAGGUAGUAAAGUGCCAGAGGGCAAUGUUGUAUGGGCAGUUUUGAUGGAAUUAAAAGAAGUGGUGGAACUAGCAUUGUGCCCAUCUUUUACUGAUGAAACCUUGGAUUAUUUUGUGUGCAAAAUCAGCGAUCACAGACAGAUACUGCAAGAGGUUUUCCCUCACUUUAGGCUGCGUCCUAAACACCACUAUGUGGAACAUUACCCCAACCUUGUUAAGUGCUUUGGACCCCUAGUACAUGUUUGGACGAUGCGAUUCGAGGCCAAACAUCGCUUCUUCAAAAGAGUGGUCCAUGACUCUCAAAACUUCAAAAAUAUAUUGAAAACACUCGCAAUCAGUCACCAGCACAUGAUGGCAUAUCAUCUUGGUGCACCCUCAUUUUUCAAGCCGAAAACCCAAACAUCCAGUGUUGAAACUGUCUGGGUUUCUGCUCUACCAGAGGUAGCUCAGGCUCACAUUAGAGGACUUACUGCUAAUGAUACUGUCUACCAUACAUCAAAGGUGAUAAUUGAUGGCAUCGACUAUAUCAGUGGAAUGUUUGUGUCAGUUGGAGUUAGUGGGGGACUGUCUAAAUUUUGCAAACUAGAACAGAUCUACCUUGUGAAUCAGAAUGUUUCUUUUCUCUGUUGUGAUUUUGACUCCUGGUAUGUAGAACAUCUUCGGUCUUAUGAGCUUUCAGCCACACAUUGCCUGUCCAUCCACCAGCAAUCUGAUUUCAAUGAUUCUGUCCCACUCUCUGCAUACCAAAUAGAAGGAUUGCUGCUGUUGACUCCGAAGAGGUUCCUACAAGUGAGACAGAAUUGAGACUACUCAUUGUGCAAUGGCAGCUGAACCUUCAGAAAUGAUCCUCCGUGUCAUUGAGGCAGACCGUGUUAUAAAAUUAAAACUCAGCUCCCGGCCUAGCUCUGUUGACCAACUAAUCAACAUUUUGAAACACAAACUAGAAUUGGACAAUGACUUUAGCUUACACUAUGAAGAUCCAGAUUUUGAUGGGAAACUCACUUCACUAGUGGACAUUAACGAGUUGCCACAAAAAGCUGUUGUGCAUAUUUCCCUUUCAAAUGAUUCCAGCGCUGUUGCAUCAACUGAAACACUCUCAAACAUGUCAACACCGGAACGUCUUAGCAGAUGGCCUUCAGGUCCUUUUCCGAUUCCAUCAUUUUCAUUUGUUGUUGAGGUAAUGCUUACAGAAGGCAAUAGGGAAUUUGAGAAAAAUGGAACCCCUCUUCGGCUGGCUAGAGACCAAAAGCAUGACAUUCUUGAGCAACUUGCUUCUACGAUAUAUGGUUUUAAGGCUUACCCAAGUGACAAAGAGUUAGCUAAGGCAGCUGAAGCUCUUGUGGCCAAACAUCCAUGUUUAAAGGAAGCAGGAUCUGACACUGGAUGGAAUGGCUGGAAAAACAGCAUCAAGUUUAAAAUGGGUAACUACAUGACCAAGAUGAGAAGGGUCGGCUGUAAAGAGGUCACCGUAAAUGCUGGAAAAAGAAGCCGAAGAAACCCUGACAAUGAACCUUCACACACUAACAUCAAAAGGCCCAAGCGGGCAGAAGUUAACUUUCUGCCAAACUUUCCCCAAGGAGAAGAUUCCUCAAGUCUCGAACAUUUGAGGGAUCUUAUUGUUGAAGAAGUAAAGAAGACUGAGAGAAACCUUCCUCUCAUUAGUAAGAUGAUGCAGACCACAUUCGCCUUGCGGCGACAGACAAUAGUGAUGUCCUGCCCACCAGUGAAACAGCUCUUGGACCUGUGGCCUGCUCUUCGCAUGCAGUCUGAGGUGUUUGCAGAGUUCCAGCGGAUAACUAACCAGAACCUGUCUAACACAUUCUAUGCCGAACUUGAUCGCCACACUCCUCGUUUGAUGGCUUUAUUCCGACAAAAGGCUUCUAGAACUGGAAAGAAUGCAGAUGCUUUGGCUGAAAUUUUCAAAGUCCAUGAUGAACAGGUAUUACAUGAUAUCCACUCAAGGCGUACCACUGUUCUCCAUGCCCUUCCUGUGUAUCUGCGUGAAGAUACCUCCGGAUUUUUCCAAACAUGUGUGGAUGGUUUGGAUGAGCCAGGUUUUGGGGAUGCGUCAGUUGCUCUCCUUACAACAAUCAGCGACAAUUCAAUGAGUCGAGUUCACUACCAACCAGAGAAAAUCUCAGUUGUCCUAGAGGGUGAAGUGGUGGCCACCCUCCCGAGACUCGCUGAUGCCUUUCUGGUAAUGUUCGGCCUUACCUAUGCACUACAUCUCAGCUAUCCCAAAGGACUGACCAACACCUUCGAAUUUGCUCAGAAAAUUUUACUUGGUCUGGAAGAAUGUAAAUUGUCACCCAGACUGCAGUCGCUGAAGAAUGACUUGAUGGGACAUGUGUAGAACUGGAAGAUGUGAAAAGCAAUAAUGGAAUAAUCUGGCUCAUUCAGUUAAGAGCCUAAUCCAUAACAAAAAUAUGUUACUGUCUGUGUUAGCUGUUGUUCAACUAUUAAUGUUAAAAUUGCUGCUCUAUAAGCUGUCAAGCACUUGUUGCUACCUCACUGGUUUGCAGCCAGAUGGCACAGCGUGUGCAUAUGCAAUUUUUGUGUUUACUUUAAUUGUUAACUCUUCUUUUUGAUAUUGAAAUAUUUUUGUCCCAGUUUGUGAUGAAAAUGCAGAGCAUGAACGAAAAACAUGCUGAUGCCUUCUUGGUUACUUUUGGCCUCAUCUAUGUACCUCACAUUUCAGAUAUUCCAAAGAAUUGACCAAGACAAUUGAGUGCCUUAAAGAAUAGAGGACUCUGGAGUCUCACUGUUAAGAGCCACAACAUAAAAAUGUAAAUUGUCUGUGUUGAUUGAACUGUUCUA